GCAUUACGUCAAAAUCGCUGUCAUCCAUCAUUCACAAAAAAAUCGGUAAACUAUUUUUGGUAAUCUUUAAAUAAAUCUUGUCGUGCGUUUUCCCAGUUUCCCUACUUUUCAUCACAUUACUCCACACAAAAUCAAAAUGUCGUCUGCAUCAGAAGCCCGAGUCUCAAUCACCGGGAAGUUGGGGCUGAAACCCCUAACAGGAAGAAACAUUUUAUUCUAUUAUGCACCAGUUCAGGGAGUCCUAAGCUAUACAGCCCUUUCAGUGAACGUGAUGAAUCCUUCCUUGGUCCUGAGGAUCUUCCCGAAAAGAGACAUAACCAAUAUCCUGCUGUUUAAUACAUUGGUUGGAUCUGGGCUGUACUUGUUCAACAGGCCCCACUUAAGCUCUCUAGCAACUAGGGAACGACUGAUAUAUAGUUCUUUUGGAGCCGUCUCGUUCUCACUAGGCUCUGUGCUCAUAUGGGCCAUAAUCCGGAGUCUGGUACCGCAAAACGUAGCCCUCUGCUCAGCCUGUGGCAUUGGGUCAGGGUUAGCAAUGAUAAAAAUCGCUCGCUGCUAUGUACAACACGUAGACUCGCUUGCGCCAAAGAGUAUCUAAUCAUUUGAUUUUCAACUUUUAACUACCAACAAUAACUGUAAAUUAUGUUAGCUGUAAUUUCAUAAUAAAUAGUCAUUUUUAAAAUUGUCAA